AUGAGCAAAAAACAUACUUCGUUUCUUUCUCAUCUUAAGGACAAGUAUAAGGUAUUCUCAAUGAGAAAUACCAAAAAUAGGAUUUUUAGUCGAAAGAAAGUUAGUCCGGGAAAUAACUCUAAAAAUGAAAAAAUGAAAGGGGUUAACAUUUCUUUCGAACAUACUUGUUCUGAUUCAGUUAAAAAUUCGAGUAGCCAACAAAUUUCAUCUACUUCUGUGAGUUUUUCAUCGGAUAACAGUAUUAUUAGUUCAAGUGACGCUAAAUAUCAAAAAGAUCGAGUUUUAAGAAGUGGGCGUACACUUAGCAAUACUGUAUCUAACAAAAAUUUGGAGAAUACUAAAGUUAUUAACUCUGAUAAGAAUCUUGAUGAAAACGGUAGUUGUUCCGACUCAAGUUCAUUAUUUAACAACUCACUCCCAGAGAGUUCGCCAACUAGUUUGCUAAGCGAUUCAAGCACAAGUUCAAAUCCAAAAUACAAAAACAAAGAAUAUUCUAGUGAUACUCAAAGUUCAACUUGUAACCAAUCAAACCCUAUGGAGGAAAUAGAUCAUAAUUACUAUGAUAGUCUCAGAACUUCAUGCAAGGAAAAUAAUUCAGAAAAACAAGAGAAUCCCAUCACAAAAAGGAAAGUGAAUAUUAUUCCAAGAAAACCAACUGCCAAACUCGAAUCAUAUACAAGAAACAAAAACACAGACAAUCACAGGGAAAAUGUAAUUUGUAUAAACAAAAGUGCACUGGAUAUUCUAAAUAAUAAACAUUCAAAUAAAGAGGAAAAAAGAACUACACAACAGGUAGUUGCAAUUGAAAGUCUUGGUAGAAAUGAGGAAAAUGCUGAAAAAAACUUUCCUAAUUUGACUAGUGGCUUGAGCCAUCAAAAAGAUAAUAGGUGUUCAUUUGAAGAAUCAAAGACUUUUCUUGAUCAUGAAACAUCCUUUAUUCCGAUAAUAAUCGAAACAGAUUACUGCCAUCAAUACUGUUAUUUGGACUAUGACAUAUUAAUUGAUUGCGUUUAUAUAAAUGAUUAUCAAUGCCAUUUACAUAAUUUUACUGACAUUCUAAACUAA